AUGACGCUUCCGAAGAUAACGAGAAGAUGGGUAUUCCCGUCACUUGAUGGCCCGUCAUCCUUGAAGCUUGAAUCAAUUGAACUUGUUCCUCCUGGACCCAACCAGAUUGUCGUCAAGAUGGUUGCUUGGAGUCUGAAUUAUCGUGAUAUCGCACUCUCGCAAGGUCUGAAUCCAGUACCGUUGCCGCUGCCCUACGUCCCACUCUCGGAUGGUGCUGGAGUGGUCGCUGCUGUUGGUGAGCGAGUCAAGAAUCUGCGUCCAGGAGAUAAAGUGUUCUCAGUUUUCAAACCUGCAUGGCGUUCCGGUCGUCAGAGGCGGGAGUUUGGGGUUUCGAACCUCGCAGGCUCCGACGUACCAGGCAUCCUUUCAGAGUACAUCGUGCUUGGCGAAGAAUAUUGGACACUUAUGCCUAGGAACUUGACCUUUGUCGAAGCAAGUACACUCACUGUUGCGGGAGUCACCGCAUGGAAUGCUCUGUAUGGACUGUCUGAUCAUCAGCUCCGACCGGGCCAAUCAAUUUUAACUGAGGGCACGGGCGGCGUGAGCAUUUUCAGCCUGCAGUUUGCAAAAGCCGGAGGAGCAAAGGUUAUAGCCACUACAUCUUCCACAAGAAAGGCCGAGGUGCUGUCAGCACUAGGUGCCGACCAUAUUAUUAAUUACAAGGAGGUGACAGAAUGGGCUGACGCUGUCAAGAGUGCGACCCCUGGAAAUAAAGGGGUAGAUCUCGUUGUAGAAGUCGUUGGCGGUAACACCAUGACUCAGGCAAUGAAGACUGUCAAGUCAGAUGGACUUGUGACGAUAGUGGGCUUCAUCGCUGGGCUCGCAGAGCAGCAACCUUCAAUUGUUGAUAUGUUUUUCAACAUAGCCACGUUCCGGUCUAUCCACUGCGGAAGCCUGGAGCAUUACUCACAGAUGGUUGCGGCUAUUGAGCAGCAUGAUAUUAAGCCACAUGUUGAUCGUGUCUUUUGGUUUGAAGACGUACCUGCUGCAUAUAACUAUAUGAUUGAGCAGAACUAUGUCGGAAAGAUCUACUCGGAGAUCCAGCGAUUGGAAGGUCAGCUAACUCGAAAGAACCCUCCAGACAUGAUCACCGGUGUCGAAAGCAGCAUGGAAGGAGAGAUUCCAGUUGUCAAGAGCAAGCCAUGGACUGACACCAGAGCUGGAGGCAGUGACUCCUGCACACCCGGCGUGAGGACUGAGAUUGCAUUCACCAUGAUCUCUCAGACAUGCCAUCUCAAAUGA